AUGUUGCGGCAAAGGGAGGUUAUUUAUUUUUUAAGAGGUUACAGUUCAGGUUCAAGAGUCAAGAUGAAGUUAAGCACAAAAUUUUUACGAAUGAAGUUUUUACGAAAUGAAACUUCAUUCUUUAGUAGCACAUCUCAUUCUGCAGCAAAAGUAGAAAUUGGCCGUCAAUUCACUCAGAUUGCUUCUCUUGAAAAUACAUUACAGAGAAAAAAAACAUUUGGUCAGCCAACACCUGAAUCGCACCCACAUUUGCUGAAACCUGGAGAACUUGUUCCAGGAUUCCUAUUGAAAGAAUUUAAAGAUAGGAGAGAGAGUCUAGCCCAGAAAGUUUUGAAUGUGGAUCACAACAGCCAUCAUGUGAUCAUUAUUCCUUCUUCAUGCACUCAGUACAUGACAGAAAAAAUACCUUAUGUUUUUAGGCAAAACUCAGAUUUUAGGUAUCUUACUGGAUGCUUAGAGCCAGAGAGUGUGUUAUUGAUGUUAAUAUCUCAUGAUAAAUUAUGUGAGUCUACCUUGUUUGUUCGACAAAAAAGUGUACAUUCAGAACUUUGGGAAGGUCCAAGAACAGGUGUUGAUAAUGCACCUCAAUUUUUUGGAGUUGAUAGGGCAAAACCUAACUCUAAACUUCUAGAAGAACUUUAUGAACUUAAAAAGGCCCUUGAUAAAUUCAUAUUGUGGUAUGAUUAUUCAGCACCUGUUAAUUCCUAUGUUCAACAAACAGUUGCAAAAUUUGUAGGAGAUACAAAAUUUGAGGCAUUGGUUUCAGUAAAAUCUAAAAUACAUGAAAUGAGAUUAAUUAAGUCUCCCGCUGAACAAAUUGUCCUAAAAGAAUCAGCAGAAAUAGCAUCCAGAGGUAUCGAAAGCGCUAUGGCUGUCACGAAACCAGGUUUGACAGAACAUCACUUGUUUGCAACUGUUGACUAUUUUUGCCGUAUAAAUGGUGCUGAGCAUCUGGCUUAUCCACCUGUUGUUGCUACUGGUACCAAUGCAAAUACUAUUCAUUAUAUUGAUAAUAUUCAGCAGGUCAAAGAAGGAGAAAUGAUAUUAAUGGACUCUGGAUGUGAACUUCAUGGAUACUGUAGUGAUAUCACAAGAACAUGGCCAGCAAAUGGAAAAUUUACAGAUCCUCAAAAAACACUUUAUGAUGUAGUUUUGAGCAUUCAGUUAGAGUUAAUUGACAAAUGUCUAAAAAAGCAAGUAACAUUAGAUGAGCUUUUCAAGGAUAUGUGUAAUUUGUUAGGGAAAAGAUUGAAGGAAGCUCAUGUUCUGAGAAAAAAUGCUGAAGGUUUAAAACCUAAUGAAUUGGGGUUCGAAUUAUGCCCCCAUCAUGUUGGACAUUAUCUAGGUAUGGAUGUUCAUGAUACUGCAACAAUAAACCGUGAUAUUCCCCUAAAGGAAGGAAUGUUAAUAACUAUAGAACCAGGUAUUUAUGUGAAAGCUGGUUGUGCACUGCUUAGGCCUGAGUUCCAUGAUAUGGGAAUUAGAAUUGAAGAUGAUGUAUUAAUUAAGGGUUCGGGUGCAGAAGUGAUUUCUAAUGCUGUCAAGACUCCCACUGACAUUGAGAAAAUGUGUAAUAGUGGAAAAUAA